GCAAAAAAUUCUCUCUCUCUCUCUCGCUCUCGCUCGCUCUCACUUCCACUUCCUCCCCCUCUGGUUGCAGCUGACCAAUCAAUCACUGAUCACCCUUCGAGGCCACGUCUCUGCAAAUCUGAAAUAUAUAUUUCUUCUGAUGUAAUCCCUGCACUUCUCAAAUCUCGGAAGAAUUAUCCACUUACAAAUCCAAGCCCAAGAUCUCUCCACAUUUCCCUCACCGUCCUCCGAAAAAAGGCUCCAAAACGAUGUCAUAUGAGGAGGACGAGGAAUCCAUGGAGCACACUCUCCUUGUCGUACGGGAGGUUUCUGUCUACAAAAUUCCUCCACGCUCUACCUCCGGCGGCUACAAAUGCGGGGAGUGGUUACAGUCCGAUAAGAUCUGGUCCGGUAGGCUUCGGGUCGUGUCGUGCAAGGACCGAUGCGAGAUCCGGUUGGAGGAUCCCAACUCUGGUGAGCUGUUCGCAGCAUGUUUCGUGCAUCCGGGUCAGCGCGAGGCCUCGGUAGAGACGGUGCUAGACUCUUCUCGGUAUUUCGUGCUUAAGAUUGAGGACGGAAGAGGGAAGCAUGCAUUUAUCGGGCUAGGGUUUGCAGAGAGAAAUGAGGCAUUUGAUUUCAAUGUGGCGUUAUCGGAUCAUGACAAGUAUGUGAGAAGAGAGCACGAGAAGGAGACUGGGGAGACAAGCGAGAGCGAUACUCACAUAGAUAUACAUCCCGCUGUAAAUCACAGACUGAAGGAAGGUGAAACCAUUCGGAUAAAUGUGAAACAUAAACCAUCUACUGGAACUGGAAUGCUUUCAGCUGCAGGACUAUCUGGGGCUCAUUCUGGAAAUGGAAAGCCUAAACCUUUAGGUCUCGCUCCGCCACCAAAUGGGGCAGGAAAAAUUAGGUCUCCCCUCCCACCUCCUCCAAAUGAUCCAGCUGCUGCACGAAUGACUGCUGCUAAUAAUGGUGUGGGUAUCAAAGCACCUAAAGAAAAUAUAAAACGUUCUACAGAUCCUUUAUCAGAUCUUUCUCCACUUGAGAGGAAUCUUCCUUCAGCAACAUCUGGUUCAACAAAGACAAGUGCAUCAGGAUGGGCGGCUUUCUAGUUUUAUGGGAUGUUUAAUGAGUAUGAAACCGAAACCUCUGUUUUGAUAAUGAAACGAUAUAAAUAGAAUUGACAAAAUGAAAGAAAGCAAACCCAAAUAGGUUCAUGUGUGGAAAAUAAUGUUUAAUGGGAUACAUGGAAUGCUUUUGUCUUCCUACAUGAACUUUGAUUGUUUGUCAUAUUUCUACAUAUAAUGGAAAAUUGAAUUUAUUUUGCA